AUUUUUAUGGUCGGCUUCGGUUGUCAGUUUGAAAUUCGCACAGGCUUAUUGGAACUACGCAAUACAGGAAGUUCUUACAUUCGGAUCAAAUCUUGAGAGGAGCAUGAAUGAUUUUAAAUUGGAUUCCAGAUAUCGGUCUGGCUUUCCACAAUAUUUUCCACGUCGGAAAUGGAUGUGUGUUUCGGGAGUAUUUUUAAUACUCACUUUGUUAUCAGUUCUCAGUUUUUCUUUAAACAAUUAUUUGUUUAUCCCCUCGCCUAGAAUUUCUAAGGAUGAAGUUUUAUCUGAAGGGUACCAAAAAGUUUUGGCAACUUGGUACAAUUUUUCUAAUAGCAAUAAGUGGUACAAUAGGAAAAAUGUCUCUCAAAGGAACAAAGACUUAGUUCGUGAAGUUAAAGAAAAUUGGAUAAUUGAAAAACACGAACUGAAUUAUUCUCUUCAAUCGCCGGAGGUGAAAGACCCUUCUAUGGGCCAAGCAGAAGUUAUACGACAAAUUUUUAAUUAUUCGAGAAAUGGAUUUUUCAUCGAAUGUGGUGCUUAUGACGGAGAGACUCGAAGCAACACUCUGAACCUUGAACGUUUUUAUGGAUGGACUGGAUUGUUAAUUGAAGCAGAUCCCUUAAAUUUUGCAAAAAUGUUAAUGAAAAAAAGAAAAGCGUAUUUAUCGCCGUCAUGUCUCAGUAUUAAACCCUACCCUCAAAUUGGCUCUUUUCUAAUGGCAAAUAACAUUGGACGUCUUCACGAACCGCCAAAUUCAACAGAUGUAAAACUGAAAAACAAUGCAGAUGUUGCCCAUGUUGGAAAACAUGUUGAAGUUCAGUGUUUUCCCUUAGCAACUUAUAUUUUCGCAUUUAAUCGAACCAUCGAUUAUCUCAGCUUAGACAUAGAAGGCAACGAAAUCGACGUUUUGGAAACCAUACCUUUCGACUCUGUUGAUAUUAAGACUUUGUCAGUGGAAUAUAUUCAUAAUGAAAGAAGUAGGGAUUACAUGAUCGAUCUGAUGAAGAAAAAUGGAUAUUAUGUUCACAGUUAUGUUGAACAUGAAGACAAUCUAGCAAAUGAUAUAAUUUUCGUAAAAGAAGAAUUUAUGCCACUGAAAACAAAUAAUUUAGAUAUAAAUUAAGUAUUAGUCUUGAGCUAGAACUGAUUUAUUCUCAAUUUCUCCAAACUAUAAAGAUUUUAAUUUAUUGAACUGUAUUCUUAACAGUGAGCUCAGUAAUUGUUCAUCAUGUCAAAAUGAAAUUCUCACUUUUGAAGCAUUCCUAAAUGAUAGUAUAUAAACUAAGUUACAAAUAUUAGUGGGGGAGGGGGCAAAGAGUACAGUUGGUAACAUGUGG